ACGACUAGGACUUUCAAGCCUGUAACACCCGGUGUUUGAGUUGUGGGAUGGAGUUUCGUUGACUCUAGCUAGUCAGUAAAAUUUUAAUCGCUAAAUUCGUUGUCUUUGUUGUUACACAACGAUACAGUUCGGGAGCAUUUACCCGUUCAACAUGGCUGAAAAUAUUAUUAUCCGGGUUCAGUCUCCAGAUGGGAUGAGGAAAAUUCCAUCCACCAAGAGGGAGACAGCAGCUGCUUUCAUCAAGAAGGUCGCCAAAGAGUUUGGCUUCAACUCCAAUGGUAUUUCUAUUUACCUGAACCGCAACAAGACGGGAGAGAUCCUGUCCCAGAACAAGACCCUCAGUCUGCUCAAGAUCAAGCAUGGAGACAUGCUGUUCCUGUAUCCCUCCAGCUCCCCAGGGCCCGCUGGAGAGGUCAUGGACGUGGCCACACCUAACUCCUCUUCAUCACUACCCUCCACAUCCUCCUCCUCCAUAUCCUCCUCCUCGUCAUCCUCCAUGUCUCGCUCCCAGUCCGCCGCCCAAAUCCCCGAAGACGAGAUCGACCAGUACCUGGCCAAGCAGGAGGGCAAAAUCUACCGGAAUAAAGAUCCACAACUGUGUCGGCAUGGUGCAAUGGGGAAGUGUGUUCACUGCGUACCACUAGAGCCUUUUGAUGAAGACUACCUGAACCACCUGGACCCGCCGGUCAAGCACAUGUCGUUCCACGCCUACAUCCGCAAGCUGACAGGCGGAGCCGACAAAGGGAAAUUCGUCGCCUUGGAGAACAUCAGCUGUAAGAUCAAGUCUGGCUGUGAGGGCCACCCUCCCUGGCCAGAGGGCAUCUGCACCAAGUGCCAGCCCAGUGCCCUCACCCUCAACAGACAGAAAUACAGACAUGUAGACAACAUCAUGUUUGAGAAUCACACCAUCGCCGACCGCUUCCUGGACUUCUGGAGGAAGACGGGGAGCCAAAGGAUGGGAUACCUGUACGGCAGGUACACGGAGCAUAAAGACAUCCCGCUGGGCAUCAGGGCUGAGGUGGCCGCCAUCUACGAACCCCCACAGAUCGGCACCCAGAACAGCCUGGAGCUGGUGGAGGACCCUAAAGCUGCAGCCGUGGAGGAGAUCGCUGCCAAGCUGGGACUGCGCAAGGUGGGAUGGAUCUUCUCCGACCUGCUGUCAGAGGACACCAGGAUCGGCACGGUCCGCUACACCAGGAACAAGGACGCCUACUUCCUGAGUGCGGAGGAGUGUAUCACGGCUGGACACUUCCAGAACCAGCAGGCCAACCCCUGCAGACUCUCCCCAGACGGACAUUUCGGCUCAAAGUUUUUCACGGUGGUGGCCACCGGCGGGCCUGAUAACCAGGUCCACUUCGAGGGCUACCAGGUGUCUAACCAGUGCAUGGCGCUCGUGAGAGAUGAGUGCCUGCUGCCCUGCAGAGACGCCCCGGAGCUGGGCUACGCUAAGGAGUCCAGCACGGAGCAAUACGUACCCGACGUCUUCUACAAGGACAGGGACAAAUUUGGAAAUGACAUCACAUAUCUAGCCCGGCCCCUUCCUGUGGAGUACCUAAUCAUAGACAUAACCACCACUUUCCCCAAGGACCCCCAGUACACCUUUAGCUCCACACAGCGCUUCCCCAUAGAGAACCGCGACGUCCUGGGGGAGACACAGGAUUUCCACAGUUUAGCUACAUACCUGUCCCAGUGCACCUCAACUGUGUUCCUGGACAUGGUCUCUGACUUCCACCUGCUCCUCUUCCUGGUCACCAACGAGGUCAUGCCCCUCGGAGACAGCAUCGGGCUCCUGCUGGACGCUGUGAAGACCUCCAACGAGGAGCUGGCGCAGACCUGGAAGAAGUCCGAGCAGUGGGCCACCAUCGAGCAGCUGUGCAGCACGGUGGGCGGUCAGCCUUCAGGGCCCCAGGAGUACGGGGCCAUGGGCGGAGGCCCCUCAGCCUCAGCCUCCUCCUCGGCCAUGUGGUCCUGCCUGCACUGCACCUUCAUGAACCAGCCUGGCACAGAGCUCUGCGAGAUGUGCAGCCUGCCUCGCAGCUAAACCCUCCUCCUCCUCCUCUUGCUCCUCCCUCCUCUUGCUCCUCCUCCCUGCCUCAGGCCCUCCUUAACCCCCCCCCCUCUCUCUCUUUCUCUCUCUCUCUGCGGCAACGACAUCAGCGCACCAGGACCAGUGGCGAGAUCGGAUGUCUCCUCCUUUCUGAACCCGCCCAGUCCCGCCCCUCAGCCCUGCCCCUCAGCCCCACCCCUAAGCCCAGCCCCGCCCCUCAGCCCUCGGUCUCUCCCAUCCCACAGACUGCUUUGGGGCUUCAGUACGGCCUACAAAAAAAAGAAAAACAAAGCUCAAAAGGAAGCCACUCGUUUACACCGAAAUCCAACAAUGUAGAAGUGAAGAGUGCUCUCUCCAGUGGCUCGUGAUGCCGGCUGGCUCGUGAUGCCGGCUGGCUUGUGAUGGCGGCUGGGACGUGAUGCCGGCUGGGACGUGAUGGCGGCUGGGACGUGAUGCCAGCUGGGACGUGAUGGCGGCUGGGACGUGAUGGCGGCUGGGACGUGAUGCCGGCUGGGACGUGAUGCCGGCUGGGACGUGUGCAGGGGAAGAAGGUUCCACCUUCCCACAGCCCUCAGUAGAACCUCUCACGGCUCAAAACAAACAUUGCUGUGAUGCAGGACAACAACAAAGACUGUAGUUUAUGGAUGUUCUCUUCUCUCACACCAGUGCCCCUCUCUCACCACUUGUUUCUGGAAGGCUGUCGUGUAAAUAUACAUUUGAGGAAUGAUGCUGUUAUUUAAUUACAGAUUAAGCCAUUUUUUCUUUUUUCUUUUUUUUGUGGGGGGGGGACUAUAACUUGAUAUUAGACUUUAAUCUCAGUUUGGUCUAUUUCGCUCAGUCAGGUUUUUGUAGAACUCACUUCCCUCACCGAUAAACUCCAAAUACACACAGUUAUGAAGAGA